CCUAACUGUCCACCCCUAGUUUAGGUGAUGAAACGAAAAAUCACAAAAAGCCGUUGGGAGAUCCUACAAUCUCACCAUACUCGACAGUUCCAUUCCCCGCCAAAAGCGCAUGCAAACUGCACGCAGCGCGUUCUUCUCAUUCAUCGAAAAAUGCUGUUUCCGGCCAUCUAUCACACCGAAUCCCUAACAUCACCGCAUUCUCUUCGAUCCGCCUGACCAUAUUCCUCGCCGAUCGAGCUCCCUUUUUACGGGAUCCAACUCUUUCGUUUCAGGAAUUUCAAAUCGCUGUACUCGAGAAAUGCAAGGAGCUCCUGUAGAUAUUGUAGUAGGUUCCAAGGUAUGGAUCGAGGAGCAUCCGGUUUCUUACACUGAUGGAAAAGUCUCAAGUAUUGAUGGACAGAAAGUUGAGAUCCAAACGGCCGAUGGACGGAAGGUUGUAUCAAGUUUAUCAAAGGUGUAUCUCCAAGAUGAUGAUACUCCUGAAUGUGGAUUCGAUGACAUGACCAAACUCUCAUAUUUUCAUGAACCUGGGAUCUUGCAUAAUUUGUCAAGAAGAUAUCGUCUAAAAAGUUUUUAUACUUAUACUGGAAGUAUUCUUAUCGCAAUUAAUCCAUUCCAAAAACUGCCUGACUUGUAUGAUGUUCAUACGAUGGAACAAUACAAGGGAGCUUCUCGUGGAGAAUUUAGUCCUCAUGUAUUUGCAAUUGCUGACAUUGCUUUCAGGGCAAUGAUCAAUGAAGGCAAAAGUAACUCUAUCCUGGUUAGUGGUGAAAGUGGUGCGGGUAAAACUGAAACUACCAAAAUGCUCAUGCGUUAUCUUGCGUAUCUGGGAGGACGAAAAGGUACUGGAGGGAGAAAUGUAGAACAACAAGUUCUGGAGUCAAAUCCAGUUCUUGAAGCAUUUGGCAAUGCUAAAACUGUAAGAAAUAAUAAUUCCAGCCGUUUUGGGAAAUUUAUUGAGCUUCAAUUCGACAAUUAUGGGAGAAUAUCUGGAGCAGCUAUUAGAACUUAUCUCCUAGAGAGAUCUCGUGUUUGCCAAGUAUCUGAUCCUGAGCGAAACUAUCAUUGUUUCUACCUUCUAUGUGAAGCGCCAGAAGAGGAAAUUAAAAGAUACAAGUUAGGGAGUCCUAAAUCAUUUCGUUACCUGAAUCAAUCAAAUUGCUACAAACUAGUUGGUGUUAGUGAUGCUCAGGAAUAUCUUGCAACAAGAAGAGCAAUGGAUAUUGUCGGAAUUAGUGAAAAAGAACAAGAAGCAAUAUUUAGAGUUGUGGCAGCCAUUCUGCAUCUUGGGAACAUUGAGUUUGCAAGGAAUGGUGAUACUGACUCAUCAGUUCUUAAAGAUGAGAAAUCAAAGUUCCAUCUUCAAACAACAUCAGAGCUUCUAAUGUGUGACGUUAACGUACUUGAAGAUGUACUACUGACGCGAUCUUUGGCCAUCCCUGAAGAUGUUAUCAAGAAAUGUCUUGAUCCUGAAAAUGCAGCAGUUAGUAGGGAUGCUUUAGCAAAAACUAUAUAUUCUCGCUUAUUUGACUGGUUGGUCGAAAAAAUUAAUAACUCUAUUGGACAAGAUCCAAAAUCAAAGUCACUAAUUGGCAUUCUCGACAUUUAUGGUUUUGAAAGUUUUGAAAGUAAUAGUUUUGAACAAUUCUGCAUUAAUUAUACGAAUGAGAAGCUGCAACAGCAUUUCAACCAGCACGUGUUCAAGUUAGAGCAGGAGGAAUACAAUAAGGAAGGGAUUGAUUGGAGCUAUAUAGAAUUUGUUGAUAACCGAGAUGUUCUGGAUCUUAUCGAAAAGAAACCUGGAGGGAUCAUUGCUCUUCUUGAUGAAGCAUGUAUGUUUCCCAAGUCAACUCAUGAAAGUUUUUCACAAAAACUUUAUCAGACUUUCAGUGGUCAUAAAAACUUCAUCAAACCAAAACUGGCCCGUAGUGAAUUCUCGAUCGCUCAUUAUGCUGGAGAGGUACUAUACCAGUCUGAUCAAUUUUUAGAUAAGAAUAAAGACUACAUCGUUCCUGAGCAUCAAGGUCUGCUAUGCUCUUCUAAGUGCCCAUUUGUGGCUGGACUCUUACCUCCUCUUUGUGAGGAGACAAGUAAACUUUCCAAGUUUUCAUCUAUUGGUUCUCGUUUUAAGCUACAACUCCAACAAUUGAUGGACGUUCUUAAUUCGACUGAACCUCAUUAUAUCAGAUGUAUGAAGCCAAAUAAUCUCCUAAAGCCUUCCAUUUUUGAGAAUGCAACCAUUUUGCAUCAACUUCGUUGCAGCGGAGUUAUAGAAGCAGUUAGAAUUAGUUGUGCUGGCUACCCUAUGCGUAAAACAUUCUCUGAAUUUCUUAAACGGUUUGGUGUUCUUGCUCCAGAAGUGCUGGUUGGGACCUAUGAAGAAAAAGAUGCCUGCAAAAAGAUCUUUGAAAAAAUGAGGCUUCCUUGUUCUCAGAUUGGCAAGACAAAAGUCUUUCUGAGAGCGGGUGAGAUGGCUCAACUGGAGGCAAUGAGGACCCAUAAGCUCAGCAUUGCAGCCAAGAGAAUUCAAAGGAAUAUUAAAAGCCGUAUUGAACGGAAAUACUUUCUUGAUCUGCAGAAGGCUGCAAUCUGUAUACAGUCUUCAUGCCGAGCCACGCUUGCUUGCAAAUUGUGUGAAAAUAUAAGAAGGGAGGCAUCUUCUCUCAAAAUCCAGAGAAGUUUGCGUGGGCACUUUGCUAGAAAAUCUUAUAGGAAGCUUAAGUCCGCAGUCAUUAUUCUUCAGAAAAGGACACGGACAUUAGCUGCAUUCAAGAAUUGCAGGCGCAAAUAUCAAAAUAAGUUUGCAACUAUCAUACAAGCCCAUUGGCGUGGUUAUAGAGCCUUCUUAUACUAUAAGAGACUAAUAAGGGCAUCAAUUGUAACACAGUGCUGCUGGAGAGGAAGGAUUGCAAGGAAAGAGCUUGAAAGGUUGAUGACGUAUUCAGGAGCUGCGGAGGGUCAGAAAAUAUCAGUUCCUGUUGAAGAUGCAGAAAAGAUCAAUGAUCUAACUGCAGAAAUGGAAAGAUUAAAGAUUCUAUUGCAAUCUGAAAAGCAACGCGCAGAUGAUUGUGAGAGGAAAUGUGCAGAAGCUCUGCAAUCAAGUGAAGAAAAGCGUCUGAAGUUAGAAGAGUCUGAAAGAAGAGUUCACCGACUUCAAGAAUCACUAAACAGUGUGCCUCAGGAUGCUAUGCAGCAUAUCAGAUCAAUUUUCAGAGCUAAAAGUGAUAUUAAGUGCCUCGUCCAGCUCAAGCUCAACUUCCAGAUUAAUUUCUAGAUACCAUCACGAUGAUGCUACAACUUCCUCUGAUGCUGCAUCCACAUUCCCAGCUGCUGCUUCAACAUCAGAGAACUUGUCUUUGCAUCCUGAUCCUGCCUCUUUCCAGCUUAUAGUUCAAGAUCUUUCAGCAGCAGAAAUAGCAGGAUAUGAAAACUGGGAAAGUGACAGAGAGGGGGCAUUCGACGACUUUUUUUGAUGGAAAGUUUCUUCAAACUUUUUUGAAUCUUAUCUGGGAACUGUUGGAGUCAUGUAUCCACCUCAUUCAGAAUUGGGCUAUUUCACUCACCCGGGGAUUUUUCCAUGCCAAUCAAAUUAUUCUCCCCAACUGAAUCUGCAUUUGAGCAUACUUGUUUGAGAAACUCCUAACCAUGAACAUUCUUAAUCUUGAGUUCGAAACAGAUAUCCUUCAAGGUCUCAGUUUCUAUUAGGUCAUUACCUGUACUGGAAAUAGUUUGUACAUGGAGGACCAUUUGGAUUCAUGUUCAUAUUCCUCGAUCUUAUAUGAUUACAUGAGCCUGCUGGCCCUGCUAUCCAUAAACUGUCAACCCCUUUCAGCCCUGAUGAUGCGAUGCUCCGAUGCCAUUCAAUUAUAUUCCUCCAUCCAAAACCUGCUCAAAUACAUAUGGUGUUUGAAUGAAAGGCGUACAAAGAAGUUCCAGCUAAACUUUAAUUCUGGCCAUGCAACUCAUACUAUCCUUCUUAUACCUUAACUUCAAUUUGUCCGUUGUUUCAACGCCUCUUAUUGAGAUGAGAAUGUUUCUUGUUAGCAAUGGUUUCUCAAAUCUGGGUCUAAACAUUUUCCGUACAAAGAAGCUUACUUGGAGCCUCUUUUACGUGCUAUUUUGAGAGUAUACUUUACUUAACUGCUUUCUACUACAUAACAGAGGGGAUGCGGGCUGUGCAUGACGUAAUCUCAGCACAUAAGAUAGGCAGCAUGAUUUCUGGGAGUUAUAGAAGCAGAGUUAAUAUUCACUGUGCUGUCUACCCUAAGCAUAAAAGUUCUUUUGAACUUUUCAAAUUUUUCGGUCUUCCUGGUUCAGAAAUUAGAAACAGGGUAAGUUCAAAAGAACUUACCGUAAGUAUAGUUGUUGUCUUCAUCAUUUGGCUAUUUGAGAUUAUCUUUUUCAAAGUCGGUUAUGUUCAUGUUGUAUUGCAGAUGGUGCUGGACUCGGGCCGGUUCGGGCCCGGUUCGGGCCUGGGCCCGGCCGGGCCUCAGGCCAGGAAAGGGAGGCCCGAGCCCGAACCGCCGGUGGCCGGUUCCGGUCCCGGUUCCGGGCCAAACCGGGCCGGGCCGGGCCGGGCCGAACCGGCCCAAUUAAUUUUUUUUUUUUUGUUCUCCUAUUUAAUCCCCUACCCCUCCCCCUCAACCCCAAACCAUCCCAAACCACCUCAAAUGGCCCAAAAUACCUAAUCCAACCUAAAACUUAAAAAAAUUUCAAAAA